UUAAAAAUGAAUCGUUCGCCCUGUUGGACCUUCUUCGUCCUCGUCGCCAUUUUCGCCCUCACAGAAAGCCGCCGCUAUCACUUGGUAUCUUACGACCGCGGUGGAGCUCAGAGGCCGAGUGCGGCUUCAGGUUCCGUCCAGUCUCAUUUCCCUUCACAGCAGCAGGGCGCUCGCGCCACAGCGGUGUUGGUAAGAUGUCACCCGGACUCUAUGGAGCUCGUGGUUCAGGCUGACUUGUUCGACACGGGAUUUCUGGUGGACCCGGAACAUCUGCGCCUCGGUUCAGACCCGGCGAGUGGAAGUGGGUUGUGCCGUGCGGGCCGGACUGGAGAUGACUGGACGUUGACCAUAUGGGCCAACCUCCUGGACUGUGGAACUCUGCUCUCGUCAACACAAGACAAGAUAAUCUAUUCAAAUGUGCUGGUCUACUCACCUGAGCCAUCAUCUGAAGGCUUGUUCCGACUGGAUGGAGUGACCAUUCCGGUCGCGUGCCAUUUUGACAAGAGUUAUUCUGUGGCUAGCAUGUCCUUGCGCCCUGGCUGGGUACCUUCAGUCUCUGUGGUUUCAGCGGACAAUCGCAUAGACUUCAAACUGCGCCUCAUGACAGACAACUGGCAGUUUGAGAGGCGCUCUCAUGCGUACUUUGUGGGCGACCCGAUGCAUUUCGAGGUGUCCGCUGUGGUCCGCAAACACAAGCCCUUGCGAGUCUAUGUGGAGCGUUGUGUUGCUACGGCCGGCCCAGACCCUCGUGCUGCCUUAAGAUACGACUUUAUUGAGCGUAACGGAUGUCUCUUUGAUGCCUUCCUGACAAACUCCAGCUCUCACUUCCUGUCCAGGGUUGAAGGGCACAUGCUUCAAUUUCAGCUUGAAGCGUUCAUGUUCCACCAACAGCCCAACAGUCAGGUUUACAUCACUUGCUGGUUGAGGGCUGUUCCAGACUCGUCAUGGGUCAGAUCUCAGAACAGGGCCUGCUCAUUUAUUGACAACAGAGCACAUCGAUGCAGACCUGCUCUUUGUCCGGACGACCAGGACUGCUGUCCCCGAGGAAACUCUACCGCCUGUUGCGACUCUUUGGAGGAAACUACCUACUACCAUGUCGCCAUGGUGACUCGGAAACUUUCCGGCGUUCUCAUCAUGCUCCUUCUCUUCGCUUUGGGAUACCUGGUCCAGUGUGUGUUGUGUUCCCGAUCUAGACCUCUUAACCCGGAUCAUGGUGCGCACCCGGCUGUCACGACGUCUCAGGAGCUGCUGGUGGAGAGCUCCACGCCGGACAGCCUCCUGGAAGGCAGAACCACGGCUCAUCUGCCCACAUAUGAACAAUGCAAGCAUUUACCCACUUAUGAGGAGACUGUGCGGUAUGGACAACCUCAGUCCUCUGCAGGACAAACUACAUGA